AUGUUUUUGUGUGCAAUAAGUUUAGUGCACGCGCAGUUUGGUAGUGCCUUUAACGGUAAUAUAGCAACUGCUAACGGCUACGGAGGCUAUGGUGGAGCAUACGGCGGAAAUGCUUAUGGUGGUGUUGCAGUGAAUAAUGGAAUGACGUUUGGUACUAAAGUGAUGUCAGGAUGGGAACGUUAGUCUAUCUAGGAACAACAUGUCGGCCUUUGUGGACAAAUUUAAAAUUUUGUUAGUAAAUAUGUACUAUAAUGUCAACAUUUGGUAGAGUAAACUAAAAUCAGAACAUAGACAGUAAUAUAUUACAGUGACAAUAUAAAAUUGUAAAAUUUGUUUGUCAAUAAAUGACUAAUCCGAAUUCGUGAAGUGUAACGUCACCAUUGAUUAAGAGAUUAAAGUUCGCUGAAUUUGAAACGGCCUUGUUUACCGACCAAGUAACGAAAAAACGAGUAAUUCACCGAAAAAAGUAAGAAAAAUUAUUUAUGUUGAAGAAUUGUCGAAAGAUCAGUACACCGCCCCUUAACUGACCAGUAGUAUUUAAGAGUAAGUGUAACUUUACCAAAGUAACGUCAGUUUACAUUACAACUGUUAAUAAAUAACCUUUUUGUGUUGAAAACUUUCUAACGUUAUUACUAUGCAUUUUUUGUCUACUUUUUCUGUUUUGGUAAUAUUAUGUACUGCCUUGGUAUCUGCCCAGUUCGGUGUAAAUUACAAUAGAAAUUUUAACGCUGGAGGAGGGCAGUUUCAAGGUUCAAGAAGCUUUAGUGCUCAAGGUAAAUUUUUUACAUUUUAUGCCGGGAAGUUGUAUAAUAAAAAGUAUAAUAUUUUUGUCUUGUUCUUUAUAAAAUAGUACUAAAUCUCAUAUUUUAGGUCCAGUAAGUGCCAACUACAACAGAAACUUUAACGGUGGUGGAGGACAAUUUCAAGGUUCAAGAAGCUUCAGUGCUCAAGGUAAUCCUUUUAAUCUAGUCUUUAUACAGCUCACAACUUUUUUUAAAAUUUGAUAAUAAUUUUAAAAACCAAUUUUAGGCCCAGUAGACGUCAAUUACAACAGAAACUUCAACGCUGCCGGACCAAGAUACGGUGGUGGAUUUAACCAAAACUCAAACUUGCGCGUCGGUACUCCAUUAGGCGGUAUGAGCAGUAACUCAAGGAUCGGUUUUGGUCGAUAA